GAAAACAACAUCUGUGGUCAUAUUCUUGAUCUGAGAGUGCUAUUCAGGUAGUCACUCAGCUGAGAACCACCAUUUCCUUCCCUCUAUUUACUACAUGUAAUGGUUUAUUAAUCAUAUUGCUAGACCACCCAAUAGCCAAAGCUCUCAAUAUAGCAUGCUAUACCAAACACAAUUGGAAGCCCUCUUUUCAUGAUUCCUCUCCAUUGUUUGAUAAAAUGCACAAAUCAAAGUGACAUUUAUAUCUAUUUAAUAACAAUAACAAACAUAGCUCUAAAUGGUAUUCUAGAAGUGUAAAUGCUGUUACAAUGAUCUUAAUACACAUUUUAUUGUCAUAACUUUAGGUACAUCUCUGCUUCUUUCCAGUAAUAAGGAUUUGGUAAGAAAGCAAAGCCAUACAGAGAAAAUGAGGCCAAAUCUUCUGAAAAUGAAGGAAAAUGCCUUGAUUUAUCUUGACAGGAGUGGCGGCCUUCAGAAAUUUCUUAAUGACUGUAAAUUAUACAAUGACUCAAAAGAAAAUUAUGCUGUUCUUCGGUUUCUUAUAUCAGUAAAUCCAUCUGAUAUUACUGAGUUGGAUGCUACUCUUGGAAACUAUAUUCUUCAUGAACCUGUGAAGGCCACUCAGAUUUUUCAGUCAGCAUGUUUUACAGCUGUCAAAAAACUGUCACUAAUUCAGCAGCUGCAAACUGAAGCUCAGAUGAAUAUAGUGUUGAAACUGACACACUUACCUUCCCUGCCCAGCUAUCUUUGCAAUCUUUUCAAAUUCCCAUUUGAUUACACCUCUCAGAGAUUUUAUAUGUUAGAGGGCAUAGUGGUUGCAACGACUACUAUAACAAAAUAUACACAAGGAGCAAGAUUUGUUUGUUCUGAGGAAACAUGUCAAUUUUCUGAAGGGUUUCAGUAUAUUAGGGUACAUACUCUUGGAGCUACAGAAUCUUCAAUGCUAAAAAACAACCUUCUAUGCAGUUUAUGUGCUUCACCACUAAGAGAAGACAAGAAAUACCGAGUACUUGGUGAUAAACAAGUGAUUGAAAUGGUUGCCACUCAAGCAAUUAGUGCUUUUCAAGGAUUUUCCAGUGGUAAAGUACAUUUCAGAUUUCAAUCUUUUAAUGUGUUUCUAAGAGAUGAACUAUGCAAUAAAAUGAAAAUAGGGAACAGAUACAAAGUUAUAGGAAUUCCAGUAUAUAUGCAAAGCUGUUCUCAAGUCACAGUUUGCCUGGAAGUCAACAGCAUACAUCUCCCCAGUCUAACUGGCCCUUCCUGUAUCAGUGAAAAUUUUAAGCAUCUGCUGUCUUUGACUUCAAAUUCAUACUGGAGAUUUACAGCUGCUCUGGCCAAUAGUUUUGCCUCACAAGUUCUUCCACCAGGCAUUUACAAUACCCUCAAACUUGCUAUACUAUUGAGUUUAGUACAGACAACUGACAGAGAUGACACUACAGCAGAUUACCUGGACCUCUUAGUAGUGACAACUGAUUCUCUAAUAUUGAAGAGACUUAUAAAUUACAGUAUUUAUCUUAUUCCUCGGGGGAUACAACACAUUCCAUUGGGUGACAUUUUUCCUACUGUAUCCAAAGAUAAACAAGGAACUGGAACUGCUAGCAUUCAGGGUAAUAGUGCUUUGUUGGCCAAAGGUGGAAUUUGUUUCAUUGGAAAUCUAUCCUCUCAUAAAAAAGAUAAACUUGAACAGCUGCAGUCAGUGCUAGAAGGCAGAACUACCACUAUAUUCCUACCUGGAAAGAAAUAUGGAGACAAUAAUGAUCAACAAGUUAUUCUCCCGGUUCAAGCCAGUUUUUGGUCAUUUAUUGAUAUGGAUUCUUCUUCCUCCAAAAAACAUAUUCAAGAAGAAAAUACUUUAAUUGGCCAGAUGGAUUUAAACUUGAUUCCAGCUAACCUUAUUGAUGCUUUUGGACUUUUAAUCAACUGCAGUGAAUCAUCAUUUUGCAAUUCAAUUCAUCCUGUUGUGGAUUUCAUUCUUAAAAAAGCUGUUAAUCCAGAAGAGGCAGUUUAUGCUGUCUCCCAAGAGUUCAAAACACAAGAUUAUGAGGAGUUCCUUGCCAUCUCUAGAAACUUGCAUGUGGAACUCUGUUUAGAAGCAGAAAGACUGAUUCAUGGAUACUAUCUAGCAAGUCGCAGAGUCAGAACACAUCCUGUUCAUGGAUCAAGUCUCUCAACAAGCACACUGAAGAUCUUGAUUUCACUCUCUAAAGCACAUGCUAAGCUUAGUCUGAGGACAAAAGUACUUGAAGAAGACGUUCUCAUUGCUGUAUUAUUGUUUGAGUCAUCUCUCACUUUAAAGCAUGGCGCUUCUGUAUUUUGCCUGGCUCCAAAUGCUGUUUUUCCAUUUGAACUCAAUGACGAAAACUCUCUGAAACAAAGGGAUGUUUACUUGAUGCAGUGCCAUCAACAGCUGGUACAGUUCAUUGCUACAUAUGGGCCUGCAACACAUAUUCUUCAUAGUGAAGAUUAAUAUCCUUUCCAAAAAGAAUGCCAACCCCUAAUAAAGUUCUUUUUAAGCAAA